AUGGAAAUGGUCAAAGCAGUGGACAAUUACGAAAAAAACGAAGAAAAAUUACGAAAAACCAAACGCAUGAGAAUGAGCACUACGACAUCGGGAUUUCGAGAAGUCGCUUCAGCAUUUAAUGGUAUGUGCAAAAAUUUUUUUAAAAAAAAUGUAGAAAAUAUUAAAGACUACGAUACAUUUUUGGAGUUUUCUAAAUCUAGUAUUAGGGAUUUGCUUUAUAAUAAAGUCCCCAUAAAAUAUAGUAUUAAAGUUGAAGCGACGUAUGAGAUCCCCAACACUCAAGUGAAAGAAAAUAGGUCAUUUAAAACAUUAUGCACCUCGCUGUUCUUAGCCUCGGAUAUUGAUAAAAAUAUAGACGCAGAUUUUAUUAAAAUCAAACAAGAGGAAAAUGACAUGAUGUUAAAAGGAAGUGUUUUUUCAUUACUCAGUAUUGAUGGUAUUCUAAUUAAUGUAAAUAAAUAUACGCCAAUAGGAGGUUCCUCAUAUAUACCUUUACCUGCAUGUAUAGAGAGAAAAAAAGCAACUAUCAACGUGCAGAACACAGAUGAAAAAUAUUUCAAGUAUAGCAUCUUAGCUAAGCACGUAUGCACGUAUAUGCACCCAAUACAUGCAGAAAGAAUAACAUCAAAUUAUAGUGAAGUUGAAAAUAUUUAUGAUUUUUCUGGUUUGACUUUCCCAGUAUCAUUAAAAGAUGUUGAAAAAUUUGAAAAAAAAAAUCCUGGAGUUUCAAUUAAUGUUUAUGGAUUGAAAACUGGAAAGCUGUUACAUAAAAAUAAUGUCAAAAAUAAUGGUAAAUUUAAACAAAAAUUCGAACAAACAAUCGGAUACCCAAAAAAAGUAUGUGAGGAAGAAUUGGAAGAUCACCAUGAUUUAUUAUUGAUCGGAGACGGCAUGGGUAAAAAACAUUAUUGCCGAAUAAAUAAUUUAUAAAUUAUAAUUAU